AUGGCGCCGAAAUAUGCUGGCAUGUCCGGCAAACCCUUGGGGUUGACGGUGUCGACCAUCGCCACUAUGGGUUUCCUGCUUUUCGGUUACGAUCAGGGUGUUAUGUCCGGAAUUAUUGAUUCCGAUGCCUUCGGCAGGUUCAUGCCUCUCACCCAUGGCGACUCCACCAUGCAGGCCUUGGUGACUGCCGUCUACGAGUUGGGCUGUCUGGCUGGUGCCAUGUACGCCUUGUUCGCUGGUGACAAGCUUGGUCGUCGUCUCAUGAUUAUACACGGUGCCUAUGUCAUGAUCAUUGGUGUUAUCAUUCAGAUCUGUGCCAUCAAGGGCCAUGGAGCUACCGCCCAGUUCUUCGUCGGCCGUAUUAUCACUGGUAUUGGAAACGGAAUGAACACUUCGACUAUCCCUACCUACCAGGCCGAAUGUUCGCGUUCCUCCAACCGUGGUCUUCUCAUCUGUAUCGAGGGUGGUAUCAUCGCCAUUGGUACAAUGAUCGCCUACUGGAUUGACUUCGGUGCCUCCUACGGCCCCGAUGACCUCGUCUGGCGUUUCCCCAUUGGAUUCCAGAUCUUCUUCGGCCUUAUUAUUAUCAUUGGUAUGUACUACUUGCCUGACUCGCCUCGCUACCUUAUCUCCAAGGGUAAGGUGCACGAGGGUGAGUAUGUGCUCGCUGCUCUCGGUGGCUACGAAAUCGAGUCCCACGAGACCCAGCUCCAGAAGCAGCUUGUCAUCGAGUCCAUUGAGGCUGCUGGUGUUGCUGCCGGUGCUGGUUACUCUGAUCUUCUCACUGGUGGUAAGACUCAGCACCUGCGCCGCAUGCUUAUCGGUUCUUCAUCCCAAAUCGCCCAGCAGCUGUCUGGUUGCAAUGCUGUGAUUUACUACCUGCCUGUCCUCUUGAAGAAGUCUCUCGGUCAGAAUGAGUUCAUGUCCAUGCUUAUCGGUGGUAUCAACAUGAUUGUAUACGCUAUAUUCGCUACCUUCUCCUGGUUCUUCAUUGAGAAGAUUGGUCGCCGCAAGCUCUUCAUUGGUGGUAUGACAGGUCAAAUGGUUUCUAUGAUCAUCGUCUUCGGUUGUUUGAUCCCCGACCAGACCGGUCCUUCCAAGGGUGCUGUAUUUGGUCUAUUCCUGUACAUGUCCUUCUUCGGUGCCUCCAUCCUGCCCCUCCCCUGGUUGUACCCCGCCGAGAUCUCGCCUCUCCGUACUCGUGCCAAGGCCAAUGCCGUCUCCACUUGCUCCAACUGGCUGUUCAACUUCACCGUCGUGAUGAUCACCCCGGUUAUGAUUGACAGUAUCUCCUGGGGUACCUACCUCUUCUUCGCCACCGCUGGCCGCAGUCUGGAGGAGAUUGAUCUCAUCUUCGCCAAGGGCUUCUGCGAGAACAUGAGCUAUGUCAAGGCUGCCAAAGAGCUGCCCAAGCUCACUGAUGAGGAGAUUGAGGCCAAGGCUGCUGAGUAUGGCUUCCAGUCUAGCCAACGCCAGGGCGAUAUGGAGAAUGCCGGUGAGAAGGGUUCCCCUCGCAGCGGCUCCAGCGAGGGUGAGGAACUCCACGAGGAGACCGAGAACUCCAAGAACGUCUCAUGA